AUGGCUACCAGUGAGACUCAUCCAAUAUUUUCUGCAUUGUCUGCUGAUGAUGCUGAAAAUCAAUUGACCGAAAUGGAAUCACUGUGUAUGAAUUGUUAUGAAAAAGGACAUACACGUCUAUUAUUAACACUUAUUCCAUAUUAUAAAGAGGUUAUACUUAGUUCAUUUGAAUGUGAUACAUGUCAUUUUAAAAAUAAUGAUAUACAACCAGCACAACGUCUCGAACCUUACGGAGUAUUAAUUAAUGUUCAUGUUAUUAAUACUAAAGAUUUUAAUCGACAAGUUGUUAGAUCAUCUUAUGGAAUAAUUCGAAUCAAAGAAUUAGAUUUUGAACAAGCACCAUAUGGUGCAAAUGGUCUAAUAACAACGAUUGAAGGAGUUUUUGAUUCAAUAAUUGAAAAUAUAAAUAAAACAAUUAAACAAAUUGAAGAAACAAUUGAUGAAAUUCGUAAAAAUCCAAUAGAAAAUCCUACAAAUGAUAAUGAUGAACAAAAUAUUUCACAAUUUGAACAACAAAAACAAAAGUUAUAUGAAUUUAUUAAUCGUGUUGAAUCAUUGAAAACUUUAUCAGAAACAUUUCAUUUUGAACUUGACGAUCCAAGUGGUAAUAGUUUUAUUGAAAAUCCCAACGCACCAUAUCGUGAUGAAGAAAUGAAAAUAAAAAAGUAUCGACGAACAUCAGAACAAGAUACACUUUUAGGUAUCACUGAAGAAACAACAGAAAAUGAAUCAACAUUAGAAAAAUCUGAUGAUGUUAAAGAUGAAGUACUUAUUUUUAAAACAAAUUGUCCUUCUUGUGAUUCACCAUGUGAUACAAAUAUGAAAGUAACAGAAAUACCAUAUUUUAAAGAAAUUAUUGUUAUGGCAACAUCAUGUGAUGUUUGUGGACAUAAAUCAAAUGAAGUUAAAUCUGGUACAGGUAUUGCACCUCAAGGUAUUCGAUAUCAUUUAAUUAUGAAUGAUUCAAUGGAUUUAAAUCGAGAUAUAUUAGUUUCUGAAACAUCAUCAUUAUCCAUACCUGAUCUAGAUUUUGAAAUAUCAUCAUCAAGAUCAAUUGGUGGAAAAUUUACAACAGUUGAAGGAAUUCUGACAACAUUAAAAUCUCAAUUAACAAGUGUUAUUAUGCCAUUUAGUGGUGGAGAUAGUCAUGAUCCAAAUAAUGAUGAGAAUAAAAUGACAUUAUUUAUAAAUGAUAUUUCAGCAGUAAUUACUGGAGAAAAAUUUGUUACCAUUGUUUUAGAUGAUCCAGCUGGAAAUUGUUAUUUACAAAAUAUUUGUGCACCUGAACCUGAUCCACAAUUAAUUGUUGAACAUUAUGAGCGUACAGAUGAACAAAAUGAAUCAUUAGGAUUAAAAGAUAUGAAUGUUGAGAAUUAUACAGAUUCUUGA